ACGAGCCCUCCAACCAUCCUAAUAGACAGAGCGGCAUUAUAGAUCAGAGGCUCAUUGAGGGAGCUCAAGUGUCCUCGCCCUUCUUUAGUCAGUUUCGGAUGAAUUGUGAUGGUGAUGGUGAUAGACAUCAACGUCGAGGGUUGGGAUCGGGGUCGUUGCGAUUGGAGACGUAUACUGGAGUUGAAGGUGGCGGGGGAAAGAAAUAUGGGGAGCAAGAUAGAGAUAUGCAGUUCGAUGCCUUUGAUCUGCAGUUACUUUCCCAGACGGAUCGAGCGAUGAAUAACGGACGGGAUAUUAUGCGUGACAAUCGCCCUCCAAAGCAGGUUUCGAGGCUUUUUCCUGGGCCGGGCUCCCAUAUCACUCCUCAUCGAGCGAUGGCGUCGAGCUCGUCGGAACUGGAUGUCGGUUCAAGUCCGUUGACGAGGUUUCAGCACGGAAGGACAGAGAGAAAUAUGAUUGCGGCUUCUGGAACUGAGUUGUCUUCGCAGACGGAAGAGUCACCAUCGUCUCAUCUGGAUGUUGAAGAAAUGGCGGCAAUGGCUGGCCAGAGCCAAUCUCUACAACCGACGACUGCGUUGAUGACACCGUUCCAGAAUAUACCCACGUCGAUUCGAGGUAUAGUUCUGGUCUCGUUGUACGAGCUUCCGGACAGCUAUCGGUCGAUAUUCCCUUUCCCGGUAUUCAACGCUAUUCAAUCAAAAUGCUUUCGGGCUAUUUACCAUCAGAACGAUAACAUUGUGCUUGCUUCACCUACAGGGAGCGGUAAGACUGUUAUCAUGGAGCUGGCUAUUUGUCGCUUGCUUAGUACUUUGAAAGAUGAGCGGUUCAAGGUUGUCUACCAAGCUCCAACAAAGUCGCUAUGCUCUGAGAGGUUUCGUGAUUGGAGCAAGAAGUUCAUGACCUUAGGGAUUCAAUGUGCGGAAUUGACUGGUGACACAGACCAGUCACAGCUCAGAAGCGUACAGAGCGCCCAAAUCAUCAUCACAACCCCCGAAAAAUGGGACAGCAUGACCCGCAAAUGGAAAGACCAUGCACGACUGAUGCAACUGGUAAAGCUCUUUCUCGUCGACGAGGUCCACAUCCUCAAAGAGACUCGUGGUGCGACCCUAGAAGCUGUCGUAUCUCGCAUGAAAUCCAUCGGGUCGAGCGUGCGCUUCGUUGCCCUAAGUGCCACCGUGCCGAACUCUGAAGAUAUUGCGACUUGGCUGGGGAAAGAUGCAACGAACCAGCAUAUGCCAGCGCAUAGAGAGCACUUCGGGGAGGAAUUCCGACCAGUCAAGCUUCAGAAGUUUGUUUAUGGGUAUCGGUCUAACGGGAAUGACUUUGCUGUUGACAAGAUGUGUAACGGGAAGCUUCCGGGUGUCAUUGGUACACAUUCUUGUCGAAAACCGAUUAUGAUCUUCUGCUGUACCAGGAACUCUUCUGUUGCUACGGCGAAAGAGCUUGCUCGACUUUGGUCUAUGACGAACCCUCCGGCUAGGCUGUGGAAAGGACCGAGUAAGCGUCUUGAAGUACAUAACAUGGAUUUGAAGACCACAAUAGUCGCAGGCGUUGCAUUUCACCAUGCCGGCCUUGAUCCUGCAGACCGCCACACAGUUGAGAAUGGUUAUCUACAAGGCGACAUAAAUAUCAUAUGCUGCACUUCAACUCUUGCUGUGGGAGUCAACCUGCCAUGUCACUUGGUUAUAAUCAAAAACACCGUCGGAUGGCAAGACGGCGGCUGCAAGGAAUACUCCGAUCUAGAAAUGAUGCAAAUGCUAGGCCGCGCAGGCCGUCCCCAAUUUGAUGAUAGCGCAGUAGCAGUGAUCCUUACUCGCAAAGAACGGGUAAAUCACUACGAGAAGCUCGUCUCCGGCUCAGAGAGUCUGGAAAGCUGUCUACAUCUAAACCUCAUCGACCACCUGAAUGCCGAGAUCGGACUAGGUACAGUAACAGAUAUGGAGUCUGCCGUUCGAUGGCUCGCUGGGACGUUUCUGUUUGUGAGACUCAGGCGGAAUCCAACGCACUAUAAGCUGAAAGAAGGUGCUAGUCGGGAUGAUGAAGACGAGAUGCUUCGACAGAUCUGCGAGAAGGAUAUCAAGAUGCUUCAGGAAUGUGGGUUGGUUACGACGGAGCAGCUCAGAUCUACGCAGUUUGGUGAUGCCAUGGCUCGGUACUAUGUGCGGUUUGAGACUAUGAAGAACCUGCUUUCGCUGAAGCCAAAGGCUACGAUAUUGCAAAUUCUCUCCAAAAUCGCCGAAGCAGAGGAGUUUCGUGACCUCCGUCUCAAAUCAGGCGAAAAGUCAGUAUACAAAGAGAUCAAUCGAACCAACGGCAUCCGGUUCCCGGUAAAAGUCGACAUCGCCCUUCCAGCCCAUAAAACCUCGCUACUGAUCCAGUCCGAACUGGGUGGUGUGGACUUCCCAGAUGGCGAUCAAUUCCAGAAGCACAAAUUCCCGUUCCAACAAGACAAGAGUUUCGUCUUCACACACGUCAACCGAUUAAUCCGCUGCAUGAUCGACUGCCAAAUCUCUCUCGAGGACUCCGUUGCUGUUCGGAACGCGCUGGAGCUUGCCAGGAGCCUUGGUGCUAAGGUCUGGGAUAACUCGCCAUGGCAGAUGAAGCAGCUCGACCAAAUUGGGGCCGUUGCUGUGAGAAAGUUUGCAGCGGCUGGGAUUACCAGUAUCGAAGCUUUGGAGUCUACCGAAGCGUAUCAGAUUGAUAUGACCCUGAGUAGGAACCCGCCCUUUGGAUCGAAGCUCCUGGCUAGGGCUGCGGAGUUUCCGAAGUUGCGGGUUUCUGUUAAGAUAAUGGGAAAGGAUCGCAAACUUACGAGCUCUGUCAAAGUUCGCUUCAAGGCCGAAGUGGCGUUCAUAAAUGAGAAAGUACCGACUUUCUUUCAGAGACGUGCUGUCUACGUUUGCUUUCUGGCUGAGACUUCGGACGGUCGUAUGAUUGACUUUCGUCGUUUGAAUGCGAGUAAACUUCAGAACUCCCAUGAGAUACUGUUAAGUGCGGAUUUGCAAAGCACGGAGGAGUAUAUUGUGUGCUAUGCGAUGUGUGAUGAUAUUGCUGGAACGAUGCGGUCAGCGGAGCUGAAUCCUAGUCUCCUGGCGUCCCUGUUUCCACCGCGGCCCGAAGGGAAGAAGACAAAGGGCGCUUUAGAAGAAGAACCAAGGAUAGAUGCCUCUGAACUCCCGCGGAACGGAGGGACUUCGAACCAGCCAAUUGAGAUCGAUGACCUCUUGGAUGGGAUGGACGUGGAGGACAUCCUAAAAGCAGACCAGGAUAUUGAAGAAAAGGAGAUAGACUGGCCCGCUGUAGUCGCAGAAAGUUCGCCCCAGAGCAAGCCGCGUGGUAAGGACAAUAAACCUGAGAAAACAGCCCCCGAAGUUGUCGAAGAAGAGCCCGUCCGUCUCGAGAAUGGUAAAUGGGCGUGUAAUCACAAAUGCAAGGAUAAGAAAACGUGCAAGCACCUCUGCUGUCGAGAUGGGCUGGACAAACCUCCCAAAGUCAGCAAGAAGCAGACUGCAAACGGAAACCAGAAGAAAGACGAGUCCAACCAAUUGAAGUUAUCGGCUACUAUCGCUAAGGGCGCGUCCACGACAAGCAACACUAAGGUAUCCGGUCGAGAGGACAAGGGGGAUAAGGCCGAGAAAAACAACACGCAAAAGCCGUCAGUGAAGUCAACUCUGGAGUCGAAGCUCACGGAAGUCGAACCGCCAGGUCCUAUCGUUGUGUCCUCGGGUGUAAAGAGGACGCAGUCGAGCGAUUAUGGGGAUGACGAUUUCGACGAUCUACCUUCUCCAUCGGUGCUGUUGAAUGGAGAUGUUAGCAUUGAAACGGGUGACACGAAUAAGGACGAGAAGAAAACUCGAGAGGAUGCGGAAAUCGACAAGAACGUCUUCGACUGGGAUGAUUGGAUUGAGAUCGACGACCCCGUUGAACCUCUCACUCCAAGGCAGAACGAAACGAAUGCGCUUCAACAAGUCGACUUGACGAUCCAAUCCCCCAGCACAAUUGCACCAACUGAGGAGGAAAUGGUUCCAGACAGCCGAGCCCUGUGCUCGUUUCACGAUGUCGAAGAUUACCAACCAUCAAAGCGGACUGCACCGUUUGUGGAUGAAAAUAGACACCCCCUCAAAAGAACGAAGACGAAGAUACAACGCGAAUCCUUCUCCUUAUCCCACGGACAAGGAGGAAUAAUCCUGGUUGAGCGGAACGGGGCGAAUCCCGAUCCCGGCACCAACAAACCGUCUACUCCAUCAAAAGACUGGGAAGACAUCGACCCGUUGUUGCUGGAUGAGUUCAAAGACAUUGUCAAUUUCUUCUGACAUUUUACAAGGAUACUGUGGCACUUAGAAUGUGGGAGCUAUACUGAUUUAGAUAUGAUCUGUUUUUGUCUUUUGUUUUGAUUUCUUUCAUAUAUUCUUAGACAGCCCUAAUGAGAUUUCUAACUGGAACAAACAGAUGGAUGCCAUCAGUGAAUAAAAGAUAAUGUGAUUCAUAGCCAG